UAUAAGCUGUAUGUGUCACAGACUGAGCUCAGUGAUACGAACCAGCAGAUACUGUGUACUGUCUGCUCUUAUUAUCCACUGAACAUAAUGAGGGCUUUCUACAUUGUGCUCCCUCUGCUGAUAUCUGGAUCAUGUAAGGAGCACAUGUAUGCUGUACAUGGCAAUAUUUGAGACAAUGUAAAUUACAAAUCCUUCUUCAUAUUAAUAUGUUUGUUUCUUUUACAGAUGUUCUUUCCCAGACAGUUACUCUGGACCAACCUGGAUCUGCAGUUGUGAAACCCUCUGAAACCCUGAAAAUCCCAUGUAAAGUCUCAGUGUCUGUUACUAGUGCUACCUGGGUUUGGGUCAGACAGAAAGCAGGGUCAGCACUGGAAUAUAUUGGGUAUAUUGCUAGUGGUGGGGGCACAAGCUAUGCCUCGAUCUUCCAAGGAAAAGUCACUUUCACCAGAGACACAUCAAAAAAUGAACUUUACUUUGAAAUGCCAAAUAUGAGAAGUGACGAUUCUGGGACAUAUUACUGUGCGAGAUACACUGUGACAGAAGGAAAUCAAAACUCGUUAUAAAACUUCAUAGUGAAGAGGAAGUGAGAGGAAGAAUCGAAAAAAUGUAAAGUCAUAGUAUUUCUCAAAAAAUAAAUAAUUUCUACAUAUAAAUGUAUUGGGCUACCAUAUAAAGUUAUAUAUGUAUUUAUAUAAAAUGGUAAACAUACACAAGGCACAGCUUACACUUUCAGGUUAUUUACUAAUGUCUUAAUUUUUGUGAAUUAAAU